UGCGGCUUCUAUGGGAUGUACGAGAAGAUCCUCCUAUUCCGUCAUGAUCCUACAUCAGACAACGUGCUGCAGCUACUGCGCUCUGCUUCUCAGAUCCAGGAGGGUGACUUGGUGGAAGCCAUACUGUCAGCUUCAGCCACAGUAGAGGACUUCCAGAUUCGUCCACACUGCCUGUUUGUCCAUUCGUACCGAGCUCCAGCCUUCUGCGACCACUGUGGGGAAAUGCUGUGGGGACUUGUACGCCAAGGACUUAAAUGUGAAGGUUGUGGUCUGAAUUACCACAAGCGCUGUGCCUUUAAGAUCCCCAACAACUGCAGUGGGGUGAGGAGGCGUCGUCCCUCCAAUGUCUCAUUGACAGGCGGGAUAAUCAACAUCGGGCGUCCGCUCUCUGCUGAGCCUUCACCUCCCCACUACAGUGAUGAUGCUUUAUUGUCUCCAGUCAGUCCUAGCAUGGAGAAGAACCAGUUAGAUUACUUUCCUGGUAGAGAGCGGCGAUCCAGCUCACAAUCAUAUGUUGGCCGUCCCAUUGAGCUUGACAAGAUCUUACUGUCAAAAGUCAAAGUUCCCCACACAUUCCUGAUUCACUCUUACACCCGGCCUACUGUCUGCCAGCACUGCAAGAAGCUGCUCAAAGGCCUCUUCAGGCAGGGCCUGCAGUGCAAAGACUGUAAAUUUAAUUGUCAUAAACGAUGUGCGCAAAAAGUGCCAAACAACUGCCUGGGAGAAGUAUCAAAAAAUGGAGAACUUCUGAGCCCAGGUGCAGAAUCGGAUGCCCUCAUGGUGGAGGGUUGCCUUGAUGACCAUGAUAUUGACAGAGGGGGUAGCCUCUUGGAUGACAUGGAUGAAGCGCUGGCCUCAGAGAGUGGCUUGCUGCUAGAGGCAGGACCCAGCGAUCUCUGUGACAUGCACGACCCUGACCUAGAUGAGUCCAACCGAGCCAUCAGCCCCUCCACCAGCAACAACAUUCCUUUGAUGCGAGUCGUCCAGUCUGUCAAACACACAAAGAGAAAGAGCAGCAAUGUGAUGAAAGAGGGCUGGAUGGUCCACUACACCAGCAAGGACACUCUGAGGAAAAGACAUUACUGGAGGCUAGACAGUAAAUGCAUUACGCUGUUUCAGAACGACACAGGAAGUAAAUAUUACAAGGAAAUCCCUCUGUCUGAAAUCUUGUCUCUGGAGCCUGCUCAGAAUUUUUCUCUGCUUCCUGAUGGAGCCAAUCCUCAUUGCUUUGAGAUCGCCACGGCAUCACUGGUUUAUUAUGUUGGAGAGAACCUGCAGAGACCUGAAUCAUCUGUGACAGGCAGCAGCAUUCUGGUCAGCGGUGUUGGGCAGGAUGUGGCUCGAAUGUGGGAAAUGGCCAUCCAGCAUGCUCUGAUGCCAGCAGUUUCUACAGGAAUUUGCCACAGUUCCCACCGCAGUGGACACAAGGAGAUUUCAAUCAGUAUUUCAGUUUCCAACUGCCAGAUCCAGGAGAAUGUGGACAUCAACUCAGUGUAUCAAAUCUUCCCAGACGAGGUUCUUGGCUCAGGACAGUUUGGCAUUGUGUAUGGAGGUAAGCACAGGAAGUCCGGCCGAGACGUUGCCAUCAAAAUCAUCGACAAACUCCGCUUCCCCACCAAACAGGAGAGUCAGCUGCGCAAUGAGGUGGCCAUCCUGCAGAGUCUGCAUCAUCCAGGGGUGGUCAACCUGGACUGUAUGUUUGAGACACCAGAGCGAGUGUUUGUGGUCAUGGAGAAGCUUCAUGGAGACAUGUUGGAGAUGAUCCUGUCCAGUGAGAAAGGCCGACUUCCUGAGAGGAUCACAAAGUUCCUGGUGACACAGAUCUUGGUGGCGUUGCGUCAUCUCCACUUCAAGAACAUUGUCCACUGUGAUCUGAAACCUGAAAAUGUCCUGCUGGCUUCUGCAGACUCUUUCCCCCAGGUGAAGCUGUGUGAUUUUGGGUUUGCUCGAAUCAUUGGUGAGAAGUCAUUCAGGCGUUCAGUGGUCGGAACACCAGCAUAUCUUGCUCCUGAAGUUCUGAGAAAUAAAGGCUACAACCGCUCUCUGGACAUGUGGUCAGUUGGAGUCAUCAUCUAUGUCAGUCUCAGUGGGACGUUCCCUUUCAAUGAAGAUGAAGAUAUCAAUGAUCAGAUCCAGAAUGCAGCCUUCAUGUACCCCCCUCACCCCUGGAAAAAAAUCUCCCAAGAAGCGAUUGACCUGAUCAACAACUUGCUGCAAGUGAAGAUGAGAAAGAGAUACAGUGUUGACAAGACACUAAGCCAUCCCUGGUUGCAGGACUACCAGAUGUGGCUGGAUCUAAGAAACCUUGAGUCUCGGAUAAACGAGCGCUAUAUCACCCAUGAGAGUGAUGACCUGCGAUGGCAUCAUCACGCCCAGCUCAGCGGCCUAGACUACCCCAUGCACCUAACCAACAGCCCCUGUGGUGAAGUUGGACAGGGGAUGGAGCGUUACAAGGAAAAGGAGGAAGAGCUGGAGACCCUCAGUGAGAGGGUGAGUGAACUAUGA